UGAUUGUGAGACAGGAAUCACCAGCAUAGGGACACGCAGUAGCAAGAUUGAAGGUUGGAGGACAUGCAGAAACAUCAGAUCCAGCCGCGGAAGCUGUAGCGUCACUAUCACCCAGAUCCAUGGGUUCAGCCGGCGGUGGAGCAACUGGAGGCGGAGAAGAAGAACCCGGAGCAGGCGAGUCAUCACGAAGAGCCAAGUUUGGACCGUUAGUGCGACGGCGAGAGGACAAGCGACGAGGAGCAGCGGCACGGGAUGGAAAAAUACGACGAGAUGAGGACGAGGACGCCAUCGGGUGGAAGCGACGGCAUAAGCAGCAGUUGCCAAGAAGUGGAGCACAACCGUCGGCGGCGGGAGAUGAGUGGUACAGCGAGGGUUUGUGUUACGGCAAUAACAUGGCCAAAGAGCCUUUCACAAUCCAGCAAGCCAAAGGGAUGCUAUCCAGCAAGGAACCACAACCUUCAAGAUCGCAAAGAGAAUCAGAAAUAGGGAAAAAAAAAUAGGAAGCAGCUUAUAAACAAGCACCAUCAAAAACUCACCAAGAUCACAUUCCGCACCGUAAUCAACACAUACUCACCUUCGGACAUUAAAAGAGCAGGAGCAUCACACAACAGAACAAUGAAGACAUCACUCUCCCCAUGACAUUGUACGACUUUUAAACUCACCAAUGGACAUCACUUCUAUGCAUUAGUCCCUUUUUUUUUGUUGUGACAUACCACAUUGUGGACCAGACAAGCUGAUCCGUUCAUCAUUAACAAGACACAAGAGGAUCACUGGUCAAUCUGUGCACAUGUAGUAAAUUAACAACUGAGGUAGAAGAGCUCACCCGUUCAUUAUUAGCAAGACACAUGAGGAUCA